AUGACAGAUCUGGGCUAUAAAUACACUAAACCCCGUGUUCCUAUUGGUGCUAUGUAUACAAGUCCAGGACCUAUUUACAUGUUGCCUACACUCAUUGGAGAAAAAAAUCAUGACACACGCAGCACCCAUCCAAAAGCCCCUGCCUAUAGCCUAGGUAAGCCACUGGAGGAACUUACUGUGGAAAGAAGUCCGGGGCCGGCUGCAUAUGCUCAAAACUCUAAACUGUCGAACACCGGUGAAGCCUAUUCUCCGAAGUAUACCAUUACUGGCAUACAAAAGCCUCUGAAAUUAGGCCAAAGACCAGGUCCAGCUGAUUAUGAUGUCCAACCAGCUAAAAAAGUUGUUUUUCCCGGAAUACCUGCAUAUCCCAUGGGUACUCGCUUGAAGGAACUGAAGACAGAUGACAAACCUGCUCCAAAUGCGUAUUCUUUGCCUCCGCCUUCAACGCAAAGUGAUAUUGUCACAGCUCCAAAGUACACAAUGGCUGGUCGUCAAGAUGGAUUCAUUAUUACGAAAGUAAGCAGUGAAAAGUAG